AUGAGCUCUCAAUUACCUUUCCGCUAUAUCAAAUCCGGGCACUAUGAAGACGAUGCACGAACCUACAAACGAGAAUAUGCUGAGGCCCUGGACGAGAAGGAUCCUCUGCGACAUUUCCGGGACUAUUUUAUCAUCCCUUCCAAAAAGGACCUGACAAGGAAGCAAUUGGCGGUGACAGAAGAGGAAGAUCCUUCGGAUCCACGAUGCAUAUAUUUCUGCGGAAAUUCUCUUGGUCUGCAACCUCGUAAUGUUCGCAGAUACAUCGACCAGUAUCUACGCGCCUGGGCCAUCAAGGGCGUAACGGGUCAUUUUGUUCCCCAUGAGGAUGCUCUACUCCCUCCAUUUGUGGACGUAGAUAGUGCAGGCUCCAAGCUGCUGGCCCCCUUAGUGGGUGCGUCUCCAAGUGAAGUGGCCGUCAUGGGGACUUUGACCGGAAAUCUACACCUUCUGCUGGCCAGCUUCUAUCGUCCAACAACCGAGAAAUACAAGAUCAUUCUUGAGGGGAAAGCUUUCCCAAGUGACCAUUAUGCCAUUGAGUCACAAAUCCGACAUCACAAUAUAGACCCUAGCGAUGCCAUGGUUCUCAUUGAGCCGGAAGAUCCAGAGAAGCCAAUUUUGAGAACGGAACAAAUCCUCAAAGUUAUUGACGACAACGCAUCCAGUGCAGCGUUGGUGCUACUACCAGGGAUCCAGUACUAUACUGGGCAAUACUUCGACAUUAAGAAGAUCACUGCCCAUGCACAUUCGAAAGGCCUCCUAAUCGGCUGGGACUGCGCGCACGCAGUGGGCAAUGUUGAUCUACAAUUGCACGAUUGGGACGUGGAUUUCGCGGCCUGGUGCCAUUACAAAUAUGUCAACAGUGGUCCCGGAGCCAUGGCCGGCUUGUUUGUGCACGAACGGCACGGCAAGGUCGACCUGAGAAACACGGGGGAGGGAGGAGCUUUUCGCCCUAGAUUGGCUGGCUGGUGGGGUCAUGAUAAAGAAACGAGAUUCAUCAUGGACAAUAAAUUCGUGCCCCAGCCAGGGGCCGCAGGUUAUCAGGUGUCGAAUCCAUCCGUGCUGGAUUUAAGCGCCGUGGCGGCUUCUCUAGAGAUCUUCAACCAGACUUCGAUGGCCGAACUACGCAAGAAAUCUCUCGAGCUGACUGGUUACCUUGAGCACCUUCUCCUGAACUAUCCACCCGAUGCAGCUCCGGAAGAUAAACCUUUUACCAUUAUCACGCCUUCGAAUCCGGAAGAGCGGGGUGCGCAACUCAGUCUCCUUUUGCAACCUGGCCUGCUAGACAAAGUCCUUGAGAUCCUGCAGAGCAAUGGGGUGGUUGUCGACGAGAGAAAACCCAAUGUCAUUCGAGUGGCGCCGGCACCGCUGUAUAACACAUUCACCGAAGUGUGGGAGUUUUGCCAGAUUUUCCUGCAAGCAUGUCGGGAGGCCUUAAAGGCAAGGAAAUAG